AUGUACGCUUUCAACAACGAAGGUUAUAUUAGUCACAGGAGAACAAAGGAGCUGUCAGCGAAAUACUGGAACCAGCAUUUUAGUGGCGUCAAAAAAUUAUUUCAUGCAACAGCUACACGAAGCGUUCAACGAUUAAGAAAAAAGAAAGAUGAGGAAACAAUUGCAGAAUAUCAAGCAAGGAACAGACAUCUUUCAAUGCCGCUUCCACCAUGUCAUCGUUGCAUUAAGUGUAACUUACAACAAAACAUGAACUUCGUCAAAUCGGUAUUCAACAUUCUCUGA